UGUGUUCGCAAAACGGAGAAAGAGGAAGGAAAGUCAAACAAUGCAGAUCUACAAAGUGGUUGCUAUUUUUGGCAUCGUUUGCCUGUGCGAAAGAGGAAUUGUUUUAUCACACGCCGACGAGCUGCAGUUAUCGUUAGGUACUGGAGAAGCAUCCAACCAACAGCUUCAUCGCCCAAAUGUAGUAGACACGAAUCAAGUGCGUAUAGUAAGCGAAUCAAACAGAUUUUCCAGCGAUGGAUAUGAGAUUUACGCUGGUCAGUUUCCGUACCAUGCAUUGGUUUACAUUAAAAACGAUAAUCCAAAAUGGCAAACAAGCAUUACGCAAACAGCUGGAUCACUGAUUACACCCAACUAUAUCUUAACGAGUGCCGAAGCUUUGCGUAGAAAUAUUCUUUCGUAUGGUAAUACAUACGGUUUCGUAGAGCUGGGCUAUCGGAACGGAGCUGACCGGGAACGGCAACAAGUAAUCGACUUCACGAACAGUAGCAUCAGCAUACACCCUCAGUUCAGGGGUGGAUUGUUCUACAAUAUAGCCACAAUACGCUUGGAGCAUCCAGCGACGCUGAACCGAUAUGUGCAACCGAUUCGUCUGCCACGAUUGUCCGACAAUCGCACCUUCGAGAUGAUGGAGGGAACAUCACUUGGACACCAUUACAAUGGAACGAUGCGUUAUAUGCGCAAUCAGGUAUUGCCGCAUGAUAACUGCUUGCUUAAGGAGUAUGUUUGCACGAACAGUUUCAUCGGAGGUACUUUCUGCAAUCGUGUGGAUGGAGCAGGAUUGACGGUGGAGGAUGAAGAUGGACCGAUACUGAUCGGUUUUACGAUGAGGGUCUACAGGUGCAAUGUGAACGAACGCGAUAUAAACACGCGUGUAUCAGUUUAUCGCAACUGGAUAGUGAACCAUUCGGACUAUGUGUUUGAUUUUUAGCCAAGCGAUAGAUGUAUUGUAAUUGAUAUAAUAAAAUUCCUGA